CCAAAUCAUCGUAGAUCCAAAAAUCAGGGUUAUUUUUGAAUUUUUUGGGCCUAAGAGGACUGCUGGGCAACUUUCAACGCAAAUAGUACACUGAAACUGAAACUGAAAGAACAGCAAAACGACGUCGUUUGAACUCCAUCAGCAACCUCAAAAUUCCUUCCUCUCUCUCGGUAACCUAACACAUUUCAAUUAAAUUCCGAUAAAGCUUCAACAUUUCACAACGAAAAAACCCCAAAUAACACUUACGAAUAUUCUUCAAUGGACGUAAAAGCUUUAGCAAAAUCAAAACGAGAUCACACACGACACCUUAACAAAAAGCAUCACGGUAACCACAAGCUUAAAACUCAAUCACAGUCUUCGUUUUCAUCUUCAAUCCCAAACCAAAACGACGCCGUAAAGGAACCCUUUGGAAAGCAACAAGUAAUCGAGAACAAAACCAAUCGCUCAAAGUUUCAUGGUGGUUCUUCUGCACUUCCUGGAAAUUGGGACCGAUAUGAAGAAGAAGAAGAAGAAGCGGAAUUUGAUUCUGUUCCUCAAAGUGGAAGUAAAACCCUAGAUGUUGUUGUUCCCAAAAGUAAAGGCGCUGAUUUUCGCCAUCUUGUUGCUGAGGCUCAGUCUUAUGCUGAUAAAACACUUGAUGACUUCAAUGAACUUGUUCCAUGGGAGUUUGGUGUGGGAUUAAGCUAUAUACUUGCAGUAAGGGGAGAGGGCAUUUUGUCAUGGGAUGGAUAUGAUAAUUUUGUUGUACAGGAUAAUAAGACUAGUAGUGCAAAUCAGGAGGCAUCAUUUAUCUCCUUGAAUUUGCAUGCUAUUGCUGAAAAGCUUGCAAAAGUUGACUUAUCAAAGAGAUUAUUUGUUGAGGCUGACCUGUUACCCUCUGAGUUGUUUGUGGAAGACUUGGCAGUGGCCAGUGACGAACCUGACAGACACGAAACUACAGAGGACUGUGAACUAGCUAAGAGGAUUUCUAAAGAAUUAAAUUUAGUUGAUUCUGCAGCAGAUCAGUUUACAUCAUCUAGUUCUUGUAGCAGCAGCCAUGCUGCUUCGGCAUCUGCCCGGUCCAAUGACUUUUUCACUCCUGGGAGCAACAUCAAUGCUGAAUUUCAGCAGGUUGGCAAUUCUGCUAAAAAUGAAGCAUUUCAACCUAGUGCAGAAACUAAUUUACAAUUCAUCAAAGAUACAAUUGUGAAACACUCAGCAUUUGAGGUAGCUGCUGCUGAAAAAGAACUGGAUAUGCUUCUAGAUUCACUUGACGAGACCAAGUCCUGUGACUCCUUUACUGUUCCGUUGGGAGUCUCUUCAAUGGAUCUUCCUAAGAUUUCCAAUAAAGAGCCAGUUCAAUCCAGAAUUUUAUCUAUUUCCACUAGUCUAGAUGAUGCACUUGACAACUUGCUAGAGGAAACAUCCACUAUGAUGAACCCACAUGUUUUAUCAUGGCCACAAGAAGAAAAGCCUGUCCAUCACAGCAUGCUAUCCUCACAUUCCCAAAACAAAGAAAAAGUUUCUGAUGAUUUUGAUUCAUGGUUUGAUACACUUUGAUCAGUGAAGUUCCACAAUUCUUGCUGAUUUGAUGUAUCCGUUGCUACUUUUGAGAGUGGCCUGGUGAAUGAAAAACAGCUUUCUUCAUGACCCUUUAUUGCGAAGUCUGAUCCGAUAAAUUGCCCCUUAGACCGAGGUUUGAAACAACGAGCACAUUUACAACCCUAACCAUCGUGCACUGUAUUUAUUGCAUGAAACACUUGAACUCUUUUCUUCAGUACUUCAGUCUCAUCAAACACUAUUUCCAUGCAAAGGAAGGAUUCUCUGACAAUCAAACUGAUUAUUACAAUACAUACAGAUGGCUAACCACCAUCAGCAGUCAAACCCAGGUUAGACAUAAUUAUGGCUUAACCUUAAAUGAGUAAGAUAUUUAAAGCUCAAACAUACUUAUGGCUUGGGCCAUGUUUGGAUAAUUUUAAUUCAUGGUUUGUUUUGACAAACAAUUCUUUUACUCAAAUCAUGGUUUAACCACUUGUGGAGGAAAUCCUAUUUAUACUUUGAUUUGUUAGGUACAAAUCAUAAUUUUAACAUGGCAUAGUUAAUGUUUUGUUGCUGUCUCAAAGUUACUGAUAGUUUGAUCAUCAAUAAAUUUACUAUUCACUAUA